AUGGCAACUAGGUACUUACUGGAUUGGUGGGUUUGUCUUCAAUUUCAGGACGGUAACUAUUGUUGUUCAAACAAGGCUGUUCAUUCUUCAACUUCUGAUAGAAUCAGUGACCUACCAAGCAAUGUCAUAGAGAAUAUCUUAAUGUGCUUGCCAAUUCGAGAUGCAGUAAGGAUCACCAUCUUGUCAAAGACAUGGAGGCAUAGAUGGGCCGAUGUUCCACAAGUUGUUUUCGAUGAUACUUUUCUUCGCAAUUCGCGGGAAGUUAUAGAGGGAUCAACUACUCAUGAACUUUUAAUGAAGACAGUAUAUGAAGUAUUGUUACUUCACUUCGGGCCAAUACAUAAGUUCGUUCUUUCAAUCUCUGGAUUAAAAAGUUGCCCUGAGAUUGAUCGUUUGAUUCUUUUCCUGUCUACAAAAGGUAUCCAGGAUUUCACUCUUGACUUCUCAAGUGAAUAUCCGGCCUACCAUAAACUGCCUUCAUACCUUUUUACAUGCUUGCAACUUAGAUACCUGAAACUAUGUUCAUGCAUUUUCAAACCUCCGCCAUCAUUUAACGGGUUUAGCAAGCUCAUUAGUAUUCAGUUUCAGGGAGUCCACUUUGAUGCUGAAUUCUUGAAAGAUUUCAUCUCCAAUUGUCCGCUACUUGAACGACUGAAGUUGCAUAGCUGUGUGGAAAUUUCCUGCCUCGAAAUCAAUGCUCCUAAUCUGAAAUUGCUACACUAUAUUAGCGCUUACAAAUGUAUCUGUUUCAAAAAUGCUCCUCUUCUUGCAGAACUUUCAAUUUAUGAAUCAUCAUUUGGAGAGCCAGAUUCUGAUAAAAGGAAGCUCUUUAAUUUGAUAGAGGUUUUUAGUUGUCUGCCUGCUAUAGAGUACUUGAGUGUCGAUUAUUACUUUUUGAAGGACCUUGCUGUUCCUGAUUCAUCGAUGAGGCUUCAAACUACUUUAAACCAUCUGAAGUUUCUAAAGAUGCUUGAAUUGAGUUAUGCAGAGGUGGAGGAGGUCUCUCCUGCACUUUGCUUGAUUAGAAGCUCUCCUAACCUGCAAAAACUUGAGAUUAGGAUGUAUUGCAGACACAAUGAUGGCAGAAAUCCUUUCCUUCAACUUUCGGAGUGGGAUGGCUUCUUGGAUUUUUCCCUGAAUCAACUCCAGGAAGUAAAAUUACAAGGCUUCCAUGGCACCAGGCCCGAACUGGAAUUUGUUAAGCUUUUGUUAGCCAAAUCAUCUGCACUCAAAAGUGAUGCAUAUUAA